AUGCCAAAACCAAAUAAAGAUAAGUGGAUAGAUAUUUCUAAGACUUUUUAUUCCAAAACAAAUUUCCCAAACUGUUUUGGAGCUAUUGAUGGUAAGCACGUCAGAUUUAAAAAUCCAGAAAAUUCAGGCUCUCUGUUCUACAACUACAAAAAAUAUUUUACAAUAGUAUUAAUGGCAGUGUUUGAUGCUAAUUUAAAUUCUACAUACAUAGAUGUAGGCGCAUAUGGUUGUGAAGCCGAUUCUACUGUUUUUCGUCAGAGUGUAUUUGGAAAAAUGUUAUACUCGCAACAGCUUCAAAUUCCGGACCCAGUUGCAUUGCCUUUGACUGAAAAUAAUAUUCAACCAUUUGUUUUUAUUGCUGAUGAAGCAUUUGGUCUUCACACAAAUCUAUUACGAAAAUUUCCCAGUUGUGGACUUAAUAAUACUCGUCGGGCUUUUAACUACAGGUUAUCGAGCGCAAGACGCACCGUCGAAUAUACAUAUGCUUUCAGACUUUUGACCAACAAAUGGCGAGUUUUACACACGACGAUUUUAGUGGAACCAAAUUUUUGCGAUGACAUAAAAUCAUGUUGUAUUAUCCACAAUUUUGUUCGGAAGAGGGAUGGGUAUAAUUAUUAUGGAGAAACUGAUGUGCUUAAUUUGGAUAAUUUGACAACACAUGGAUGA